UUGAACCAGGUCAACAGCCAAAAUCUCACUAAAAAAUGAAAUGGAAAUCGAUUCCAAUAACUGUGGGUCAGUCGAAGAAGUGCAAGAAGUAUCCAAUCCCGCUUCACAUAUCGUCAAUCAUGAAGUUGACAAUAAUACAGUCAGAGUUUUACUGGUUUCAAGAAGCAAAACGCAAAGAUUAGUUACUCUUAGUAUACCCGAUGAAAAUUGUACUAUGCUGGAUCUGAUAAUUAAGAUGGAUAUAGCACGGAAUAGGCAUCUGAAAAUUUAUCUUGUAAAAGACAAGUCAGUCGAUCUGAACUACGUAGUUCGAGAUUCAAAGCCAGGAAACUACUCAAACUCUGAUCAAGGGUGUAAUCAAGAAAACGAAAAUCGAGGUUUCUCUUCUCAUGUUUCUAGUCAGUUUGAAGGAAGCAACUAUUUGAAGAAAAGGCAUGAGCAAUUUUAUUCAAACGAUAUCAAAGACAACCAGUCUCUGAAAUCUGAAGAAAAUGAAUCAAAAGCCUACAAGAGAGACAGGGAACAACAUUAUCGUCAUCAGUUCACAGCUAACACAAAUCUUAUCGAUGAGCCAGGUACCUCAACAGAUUCAUCGGAUGACGAGAUAUUUCCAACUCACAAUCUACGUAAAAGUAAUUUCUCAGCACUCAAAGUUAGGAAUGCCAAAGAAAAUGCUAAACUAAAAUUAAUGCCAAUACAAGAAUUGGACAGUACAUGUGAUUUCAUUUCUAAUGGUAGCGACCAUGAGUUUGGCCACAAUAUAGACGUUGCAGAUGGAUGCGUGGAGUCUCAAAUUGAAAACAUGGCAGAUGAUUCAAUUCAGGCACCUUGCGUAACUCUGGUGUGUAAAAUAGUGAUCAUAGGAUCGUACCAUUAUAUUCCCAAUGAAGCGGUAAUUAUAUCGCCAAAAGGGAUGGAUAUGCAAGUUCCACUUCCCAAUAACAAUACAACCAUUGUGAGUCUGAAUAUAGAAUUUAAACACCUUUUAAGAGUACUUUUUCAUUCGGGAGAAACUAUUCCGACUCUGAUUUUCUGGGCAGCAUCAAAAGCAGGGCAUGUCGUUCGUGAAGGGUUGGGGAUGGAAGAUCCAAAAGGUCCUUAUUACGAUUCAGUGGGCAGAGAUAACAGAUGUCGACGGAUAAUACUCCUACUUGAUAAAGUAACUGAGGAAACAAAAUUGAAGUUGAAGUCGUUAUUCACACCAAAUAAUUCCUUAACUAUAGUGGAUUUUUCGGAAACCAAAACCAUUCUUGGAUAUUCAUUACCUCCAGAGCUUUGGAAGCCGAUGAAAAAAUCAAUGGAAACGAGGAAAAGAUCUGCAUCAAGAGUAAAAAAUUCUGUGAAUAGUAAAAUGCAAUCAUCGUUCAAAGAGUUGCAAAAUCCUAUGACAUCGUCUCUAGAGACACGAUCAUCAGAUGAGAAAUCAAUAACUAAUGAGAUUGAAACAUCUAAACGACCUCGAAGUUAUGCAAAUGAAUCCAUAAAGACAAUAACAGUAAUCGAAAAUUCUGCCAACGAACAUUCUGAGAGUGACGAUUCUGCACAUAGUUCUGCACAGAUAAUAUUAAUUUACCCUUCCACACCAGCUAGAAAUGCAAUUACAAUAAAUGAACAGGAUUGUGCUUGCCUCGGCCAAGAUAAAUGUCUAAAUGACGUUAUCAUUGACUUCUAUCUGAAAUACCUCUCUCUGGAGGUUCUGUCAGAGGAUGAUAAGAAUAGGAUUUAUACGUUUUCUUCCUAUUUCUAUAAAAGAUUGACACAUCCGUAUGUCUCAGAUGUAAACAAACGACUUCCGCUAGCUACUAAACGAUAUGCCGGUGUUCAAAAGUGGACCAAAGAUGUGAACAUAUUUGAAAAAGACUUUAUCAUUAUUCCAAUUAAUAAAAGCUCACAUUGGUUUCUGGCCAUAAUCUGCUUUCCUGGCCUUGUUGGCAAGGUGGAUGUUUGUCGAUCAACAGCAGGUUAUGGUAAGGUGGAAACAAGGUCUAAUACUGAAAAUUCAAUGAAAAUCAAGUUACAAAGAGCUCGUACAUCAACGCAAGAAGUCCGGAAAUCGCCUUGCAUAUUGGUUUUUGAUUCAUUGCCCGGAUUCGUAAGGCACAACAAAGUUAUAGUGACACUGCGAGACUACUUGCGUUGUGAAUACUUUGCUAAAACUGGUAUGAAGAAAAUUUUCUCUGCAAACACGAUAAAUGGAGCAUGUCCUAAGGUUCCACAGCAGUCUAAUUGCAGUGAUUGUGGUAUCUACCUGCUGCAUUAUGUUGAACGCUUCUUUCAAGAUCCCAUUAAGGACUACAACUUACCAAUAAAAGGGCUGGAAGAGUGGUUUGACGAAAGUGCUGUUGUUCAUAAAAGAAAAGAAAUUUAUGAUUUAAUAAUGAGUCGAAGGUAGCGCUAUCUGUUCGAUUUUUUGUUUCAUCCAACACUCUGUUUCCCUGCAGCCUCCGCUACAAUUUUCGUUUAACAUAUGUAUAUGAAAUGGUAUUUAUUCAGCAGUUCUUAUUUUUAUUCAUUAAUUUCUUCCAAUGUAGCUUUUCAAAUUCGCACACUCAAAUUAUGCCUGGAAAAUUAUAAUUAUAAUUGUGAGUUUUACUAUAAUUUGUGUUUUAUAUGACUGUUAAGUUUUGAAUAUUUUGAUGUUGAAGAAUGAGUAUUUACACUGAAAGAGAUUGGUUGAACCAUAUAUUCUUCAGUCAAAGUUUGUUCGAUAUAGGAGGUAUGAAGUCAACCCAUAUAUGUAUAUAUAUUCACCUACAAUAAAGUAUAUUUAUACCAA